AUGUGCUGGGCGCAGUGUCCUAUGGCCUACCCGGUAGAGUGCGGCUUCGAAUGUAUCCGUCAGAAUGACGACUGCAAAUCGGAAAUCUACGCCAAGUUUGUGAGUGUGGCCAACGCCUUCUUCUCUGUCCAGAUUUUGGGCGUGUUUGGAGCAUUCGCCAAGCUCUCACGGAACGUUCGCGUCGGUAUUAAGUGCGCACGGGCCAUGUUCGGUACGAUGCGCGCUAUCGUCAACUACAUUCGCGCAAUUAAAGUGUCGGAUCCUCAGAUACCGCAGGAUAAACUCCUCUUGGCGUUAUACCAGACAAGUUACGUUACCAUCGAUCUACCGGUUAGUAUCGUCAUGUGUAUGGGCAGAACCUACAACUGGCAAGUCCUGGAUCCUGCCAGUGUGGCCAUGGGUACAAUCCAAGUGAUGCUAGGCGAGGUUCUGGCUCGUCAGGACAAUAUUCUCAAAAGUUGGGGCAAGUUUAAAGCUUUCCUAACUCGGUCCAAUUUUACGUACGCUGUGAACGACCUUAACGACACGGAGAUCUCGUCCUUGAAAAAAGGGAUGGAGUCCAACUCGACGUGUGGCUACGAGCUGCAGCGACUCACAGAUCGCACGUGGAGAACGAUCGCCGAGAUGAAGGAGGAGAACCCGGGGAUAUCUCAGGACACUCUCCGCGUACAGGUGUACAGAUCAGACCUCAUGUUGCACGACAUCCCGACAGUUACGAACAACUGUAUGGACCAAAUGAUCGUGGAGUCGGACGAGGCCAUGGCGUACAAGACGCGUGACUUACUUCGGAAGACGUACGGCGUGAUCGUGGACGACUUGAUCAAUAAAGGCAAGAGUGACAACGGCACAUCUCUCACUGCUAAGCAGUACACGCGAGUUGUGGCCGACAAAGUGCUGAUGACGAUCGCCACACUCUUCUACAUCGAUCUUACGCGUAUCUCCGGUCUGUUGUCCGAGUACAUUCAGACGAUCUGUGGACCUACGCAGCUCGUAGGCGAGAUAGACGACGGUACAGACCCCAACACUCUCGGUCUCCGUACAGUUGGCAAAGCUUUCGCCAACAGUGGUUCGUCUUGGAAACGCAAGGGCGAUGGGGUCGUCAAGAUCACUUUUAUUAGUACCGAUACCAAGGACGUGACGGUCAAUAUCAUCUCGGGCGGCGACAAGCUCGACGAGAAGGACGUCCCGGCUGGCAAAAUAGUGACGUGGACAUCAACCGUGAUGGAGCUGGGAGGAAAGACGCUGUACCUUGAUCGGUGGCGGCCUGGAUUCCUCGGUCUCCCCGGUACCGGCGGUGGAUCGGUCAAGCUUUGGGUGCCUCGUGCUAGCGAAGGCGGUCACUUGGAGAUCUCCGCCAAGCUCAAUGUGAGCUAG